AGGAGAUCCUCGUCCCCUGGGAGAAUCGCGCCGCACACGCGUCAAAUGGAGCCCUUGGCUCUCUCCACGUUGUGCAACGUCCGAAAACGGAGUUGUGCGUCAUCGCCAGGAAAGAAUAUACAGAACGCCCGAGGUGCGCCGACUGCUGCGUGACGCAUGGUGCGACUGCGGAAAGUAAGACGACAUCGGUAGUGGUGAACGAUAGUAGCCGAUAACAGAGACACAGCAGUGCGCAGUGCUGAUAUCGCGUGGCCACCACCACCACCACCUCCUCUCUUUGAACGCCCGGCUCGUUAGAUCCUGGAAGAACGGCCGAUUGUUAGCGCCCGAUGAAAAUAGAUUCGCCGUUGUCCGAGAGCGGGACAGAGAGAGGGAGAGUUGGCGAACUGCCGAGAUUCAAUUUGCUCGAAUUACGGGCGAUCGUGAUCAUCGGGCUUGACCGAGGAGGGACCGAUUACGUUACACAAUGCGCAUCGACGAUCGACGGUCGUCGAAAGGGCGCGUGUCUCUUCUGUCAGGAAUAUUUCAUGGAUCUGUACCUCCUGGCGGAAUUGAAGACAAUCUCCCUGAAGGUGACUACCGUGGACAUGCAGAAACCGCCGCCCGACUUCCGCACUAACUUCCAGGCCACGCCGCCGCCCAUCCUGAUCGAUAACGGCGAUGCGAUACUGGAGAACGAAAAGAUUGAACGGCACAUCAUGAAGAACAUCCCCGGCGGGCACAAUCUGUUUGUACAGGAUAAGGAAGUUGCCACUCUCGUGGAGAACUUGUUCAGCAAACUCAAGCUGCUGCUGUUGAACGCAAAGGACAAGGAUAAGGAUCCCAAAUCCUCGUCGCUGAUGGCGCAUCUGCGUAAGAUCGAUGAGCAUUUGGGCCGCAAGGGUACGCGCUUCCUUACCGGCGACACCAUGUGCUGCUUCGACUGCGAGCUGAUGCCGCGGCUGCAGCACAUCAGGGUCGCCGGCAAGUACUUUGCCGACUUCGAGAUACCGGAGACUCUGGUGCACCUAUGGCGGUACAUGCACCACAUGUACAGGCUCGACGCCUUCCUACAGAGCUGCCCGGCCGAUCAAGAUAUCAUUAAUCACUACAAACUGCAACAGAGUAUGAAGAUGAAGAAGCACGAGGAGCUGGAGACGCCGACCUUCACCACGAGUAUCCCGAUCGAGGUCAACGACGACUAGGCUGGACCUUCCUCGGGUCCAGCGAGUCUGCGAUCGCGUGACUUCGAUUAGACAUCGAGAUCGGCCUAUAGCGAGAUGGCGAAUCGCCUCGACGAAGUUUCAACGGCGCGCAUUUUGUAAUUUAAUAUACAUCCAACAUUAGCAUUGAAAAUAAGAGCAAGGAUUCCUUCCGUUGGAACUCCCGUCUUUCCGAGCUGCCAGCUCGUGUCGUCGCCGCGUCAUCCAUCGAUUUCAUAUCUUUUUUGCUAAGCAAUCAUUGCUGAAUCGCCUCCCUUCCUUGUGGGAUCAAGUCAGGUAUAAACGGAUUAGCUUUUUUACCGCAAACGACGUGAAAACACAUAAGUGCAUUAAGACGCGUUUAAAGUCUUAAAAACGAUUCUAGAUUACUGAUCAUUUUCCAUUUUUUCUUUCUUUUUUUCUCUUCUACUAUGUACAACACGCGUACGUAGUUUUGACCUGAGUAGUAUUAGCAAGAUUUUAAUUUGCUAUUGUUGAUCCAAGGAUUAAAUUUAUUAUAUAUUAUAAGAGGAGCGAUAAUGAUUUUGCCAUGUUUUUGACGGCAAUAAUAGAAAUUAACAUCAAGAAUGCAAAAGAAACGUAUGCGUUCGAGAGAACCAAAUUGGUGCCAUUAUCAAUAUCAUUUUGCAGUUUCUUAAUGGAAAUUUUCCUUUCGAUAAUAAUCAUUAUUCCUAAGCAUUAUUCUUACAUAAGAUUAAGCAAAUAAAGUAGAUAAAACCAAUGUAGAACGCUUGAUAUAUAUAUAAAACGUUUCAACAUCAUUCUUGAACUUGCGUAAAUCUUUUCAAACAUUAGGUUUCUCUUUUUUUUUUCAUCCUUUUCAUUUAGCUACAUUAUCACGAGUUAUAGUAACAAGAUAUACUUAUAUAAGCAUGACCGAUACAUUUUUUGUAUUAAUGAGAAGGAUAAAUGUUAUUCAGAAUGUCUUUUAACAUCGUACUCCUGAACGCUAUUGCGUGAUAAAGAGAGAAAGACAUGUUAUCGUUAUAUACGUAGAAAAAGAAAUACGUUUUGCCGUAUCUCUCGCGAGACACGUGAUCCAGAGUGCGUACGUUUCUUCUGGAUUCCGCAGCCGUGGUACGAGGCAUCUUGUUAUUCCCAUUUCAUCGUUGGCACUUUUACUGAUUUACAACCAGAGAACGGGCGCAAACAGUUUCCCACGAUUGUUUUCCUCGCGCGAGUCGAAAGCAUUUAAAGUAACAGCAUCCGGGAACUCGAUUCCACUUAUUUCCACUAAUUCACUGUUCCAGAAAACAGUAAGCCAAGCAACAGUGCAACUCGUAAGCAAUCGUCUAUUCCGCAUUAGUAAUUCUAUUAUUAUUAUUAAUAUUAUUAUUAUUACUAUUACUAUUACUAUUACUAUUGUAUUAUUAAUUUUGGUUUAUAUAUCCGUAGAAGUCAAUAUACCAGUGUUUACAGUAA